AUUCACAAGCAUUAUUCAAUGAAGAGCGAAUCGAUAUAUAAUUGGUUGAUUAGACAAAUUAUUUUAAGGAUGUAGAAAUUGGAAAUUCAGAGGAUAGUUGGCAAGAGAGUAAAGAACAGUAAAUUGGAGUAUUUGGCUCUAUGCAAUUAAGGAUAUGUUUGGCUGUCGAUUAAAUUAUUAAAAUAUAAUUUGAGAUUGGUGGCUGAUUAUGAAUAUAUUUCACUUCAGAAACAGAAAGAAAUCAUCCAGAAUGUGGAAACCUUUGAAAUUAAGUUGACUUUCGAUCAGAAAUCCGAAUGGAAUCAAAUGAAGGAGGACGAAGAAUAGGCAGACAAGUCUUUGAAUCAAAUACAUAAGCAAGAUAUUACAGAAUUGGAAGUUCGGAGAAGAAAGAGGUUUGAUUAAUUUAUUUGA